AAUAACCUGCAUGCCAGUAUUUGCCCUCUGGACCCCGGGACAGUUUACCAGCACACACCCACGUCCACACACACUGCUGCUCCUCGUCCCACCAUCGACACCUCAGGGAGUCGGCAGACCACCCGUGGGCUGAGGAAGUGCUCUCUGGGAGGCCGGGUGUCUGAUGCACUGAAGGAUGUCCGUGUUGUGGAACGCCAUGGCGGGUGGAGUGCUGCUGGCUGUGAGCCUGGUGGUGCUGCUGAGGGGAGCUGAGGGCCACGGAGAGGGUAAGAGAGAAGUCUCAGGCGGAGCGACCGUCUACCUCGGCCAGGACAGAGACAUCUGGAGGCCGCUGAUCCACACCACAGUCAACCUCAGUGAGAUCAGGAGCAUCAAGUCGUCCUUUCAGUUACGGACGUUUGACCCAGAAGGCGCCGUCUUCUACGGAGACACCAAGAGCGGGGCGGACUGGUUCGUCUUGUCCCUGAAGGACGGCGUCCCCCUGAUGCAGAUCAGCAGAGCAGACGUCCUGGUCAGCGUGGCGGGCGGUCCCAAGAUCAACGACGGACAAUGGCACACGGUGUCGGUGAGCAACCAGGAGAACUUUGUGGUUCUGGAGGUGGACGGCUCCGACCGGCUGGUGGUGGGCAUGCAGUCCAAACAGAAGAUGGAAGUCAUUUCAGGUGAACUCCGACUGGCUGUUGGCGGGAUCCUGAUCGACAAGGAGAAGCUGAUUGUUCCGUUUGAGCCGCAGAUGGACGGCUGUGUGCGUGAAGGCAGCUGGCUGAACCUCAGCCUCCCCUGGGAGACCGAGGCGGAGGAGCUCUGGCCCUGCUACCAAAACAUCCACCCUGGCAGCUUCUUCCCUGGCACUGGAUUUGCCAUUUUCAACACCUCAGUUUUCCUUGUUGAUGCAGAUGAACAGCUUAAUAUAGAAUUUAGGGGAGAUUUCACCAAAGUCGACGGGACCAUUUUCAGCAUGAAGGCCCCUGGACAAAAGUUUAUGUUCCUUUUAGUGGCCAAUAAUGAGACAAAGGAGGUCACGUUCACUUUUGACAAAGAAAGAUUCACUAUGAAUAACAUAGUGAGGAGGCUGGUGUUGACCUUUGAGAUGGAUUCAAUGCAAAUUCGUGAAGAAGAAGAUGAAUUAACGGGCUCAGUGUCUGUGGUUCCUGUCACCCACCCCGACUUUUCCACCACGUGGAGAAAUGGUCUUCUCUCCUUUGGAAGUCUCCUCGGUGAGGGUGAGGGUGACGUUGGCUCCCAGUUCUUGACAGGCUGUCUGGGGAGCGUCCAGGUUCAGGGGAAGGAUUUGGAUCUGGAUUUAGCUCUCAAACACGUGUCAGUCUCCUCUCACAGCUGCCCUGCAUAGACCGGAAACGUAUGCAUGUCUGAUAUGGGGACUAAGUGUUUGCAGAGGAUGUCUAUGAAAAAAAUCUGUACCAGUUGACCUCCAAAAUGUGGAGAAUUUACAAUAAAAUAUGAAUAUGUUG